ACGUUUAGAAGAUGCUGGAGAGCAUUCUAGGAACUGAGAGCAUCUUUGUGACUCCUAAGAGGGCAGUGGUGAGGGAAAAGAAAGAGGCUAAUAUGUUUGCAUUUAGACUGCAAAAAAGAAAACAAAGAGACACGAUGGGCCGUGUUCUACUAUUACUGCUGUUUUCCACUCCUGCCUUGAGCCUCAUUGAAGGAAUAGUUGUCGAACAAGAUUUCAGCUGGCAAUUAAAAAAAGUGCCACAGAUCGUGAAGGAGAAGACUUUCUCUCUUGACACGCCUAAAUUUGAAGCAAAUGGCAAGUUAGAGUUGAGUGGAGUAUGUGGAAUUGAAUGCCAAAGGACACUCCCUGUGCCACACUUGGCAGAGCUGAAAGAGCUGCUCUCCUAUGAGACUGUCUUUGAAAAUGGCACCAGGACCCUGACUGAAGUGAGUGUCUUGGGGCUAGACCCAGUUGCAAAUGCCACCGCCACCGCCUCCAAGGUGCUGUCGAGGAGGAAGAGACAGGUCUAUGGCACGGACAGCCGAUUCAGCAUCUCAGACAUGCGGUUCCUGACCAACUACCCCUUUAACACAGCUGUAAAGAUCUCCACGGGCUGCAGUGGCAUCCUGAUUUCCCCAAAGCAUGUGCUCACAGCUGCUCACUGUGUCCAUGAUGGUAAUGAUUACAUCAAAGGCAGCAAGAAGCUGAGAGUGGGGCUGCUGAGGCUGAAAAGCAAAGGCAGUGGCAAGAGGCACAAGGGUGACCGGAGGAAUAAGAGGGAGGUGUCGGAAGUUGAGGAUCACCAUGCUGACGCUAAAGAGCUGAAGCAGGGAUCUAGGAGCAGUAGAGCUGGCAGAAAACAAAAGGCAUCUGGGCUGAAUGAGAGGAAGUCUGAGCGUAAGCCCUCCUUCCAGUGGACCAGAGUUAAAAGUACUCAGAUCCCCAAAGGCUGGUUGAGAGGCAUAACUGGAGAUGUUGCAGUGGAUUAUGACUACGCUGUUCUGGAGCUCAAGCGUCCCCACAAGAAGAAAUACAUGGAUCUGGGCAUCAGCCCAACUAGUAAAAUGAUGCCUGGAAGCAUGAUACAUUUUUCUGGAUACGACGCUGACCGAUCCGGCCAACUGGUCUAUCGGUUUUGCAGCAUAUCUGACGAGUCCAGUGAUCUUUUCUACCAGUAUUGUGAUGCUGAGCCUGGCUCUACCGGAUCAGGAAUCUACCUCCGCCUUAAAGAGCCGAACAAGAAAAAAUGGAAGCGCAAAAUUAUUGCUAUUUAUUCCGGUCAUCAGUGGGUGGACGUCAAUGGAGAACAGCAAGAUUACAAUGUUGCAGUUCGAAUUACUCCUCUCAAAUAUGCCCAGAUUUGCCUCUGGGUACAUGGGAACAAUGAGAACUGUGCACAGGGCUGAUGGCAGCUAACCCAAGAUCAUUUGGUAUCUAACAGUGCUAUAUAGUACAGACCUGCAAUAAUAAAUGCUGAGCGUACAUUGACUUGGGUCUGAUUUUAUUUGAACUUGAAACCAGCAAUUGCCUUUUGUUAUAUUGAGAAAAAGAAAAUAUGUACACAGCA